AUUCACUAUAGGGAGGAGACGCUGCUUGCUGGGGGAGCAGAGAGCCAGAAUGUCCAUGGCCAGCAGAGGAGAGGUACUCCCUGGGAGGGAGUCUAGCGUGAAUCUGGACACUGAGCCUUGGGAGAGGAGAGGGACCAGAAUGGAUUCGGAGCUACCUCACUGUGUGGCAAGUUCUUGCCCUCUGGGCCUCUGCUUCCUCCUUUGUUAAUGUGUAGGUUUGCACUACAAUUUAGACUUUCUAAAGGAGUUCUUCUGAAGGUGAGAAGGUGAUAUUCCAAACAAAACCAAGUCAGCGGCAUCUGUGAUUCCUGAAGGUUGGGAAGGAGCAGGUUAUGUGGGUAAACUAGUUUCUUCACGGCAGGACAGUUCACUCGGGGCUUUUGCGGCUAAACUUUGUUUCCUUGGGUGGGUGAUGCACUGAAUUCAGAAAGUAUGGGUGGGUUUGGGGACUCACACAUCUUUCCAGCUCUUUCUGUGUCCUCUCAGCCGUGCUCCCCUUCCCCCAGGGCACUUUCCAGGACCUAGAGAGCAGCUAUCACGAGAGUGCAGACCUACAUUGUUGUGGGAGUGAGAGCUGGUCUCCAAGGUGGAGGGAGUUUUGAGGCUCUUAUCUCAAACAUAAUUGUCUUUAACCACAAAGCCCUCCUCAAGCAUCUCUUGGACUACAAUCUGAAGAAACAGCCAUUGAGAAAUUCAAGCAUCCAGGUCCCCAUGUACCAUCAUCUUCAUCCAAGGAAGGGAGGUGCAGUGUGCAUGCCUGCAGGGACUGAUCCCACCGUUGGAAAGCUUCUCGUAACCCCUCCCCUCGGCGGUCCACACAGACUGUCCUGAGCUUGCGGGAAGACGCCAGCUCUUGACAGUGUGUUCGGGAACACUGAGACUGGGGAGGGGCAAGCCCUUGUCCUGGUCACUCGCAGAUAAGAGGCCCAGCUGGGAACAGGAUGCAAUGAUUCCCACACUGAACUACAGAGGCGCGCAGCAGAUCAGGGUCUUGCAAAUUCUUGCACACAAGAUGUUUCGGGGAGUGGGAAGGGUCAUGUGAGUGUCCUGUCUCGGGUUGAAGUCCUGCCCAACACUGUGAGGCUAUUAUCCCAGAAGAUGAACAAGUGUGAAAGUUCUGCUGGCUUCUGAGGGCCCUGUCCCACACUCUACAGCCAUUUCCUGAGAAAUAGACAUGCCUUAUGCCCAGGAAUGUGGCUCCAGGAAGAGUGGAUAUACCACCCAGGUUGAAGUGGGUGCUCUGGGGGUCCUGCGUGUGAGAUCUGAACCCAGAGCCGGCUGAGUUGAUAUGACCUGUUUGCCGCAGGACGUGUGUGGAUAGCACUUGUCCUGUCCAGGGCUCCGGGUAGCCGGCUGCACCCUGGCGUUCGGCGUGUGGUGGGUGCGGACAGCUGUUGCGCGCGUGGCCGGGACAAGACUCCGAGGACGCGACAAUGCAGGGCCGGGCGGACGCGGGCGAGGCCGAUGAAGAGGCGGGGGCCGGCUCGGGGUCGGAGGCGGAGGAGGACGCGCUGUGGGAGCGGAUCGAGGGCGUCCGCCACCGGCUGACGCGCGCCCUGAACCCGGCCAAGCUCACGCCGUAUCUGCGCCAGUGCCGCGUCCUGGACGAGCAGGACGAGGAGGAGGUGCUCAGCACAUACCGUUUCCCGUGCCGUGCCAACCGCACCGGGCGCCUCAUAGACAUCUUGCGCUGCCGUGGCAAGAGGGGCUUCGAAGCCUUCCUGGAAGCCCUGGAAUUCUAUUACCCAGAACACUUCACGCUGCUCACUGGCCAGGAACCUGCCCAACGCUGCUCUAUGAUCCUUGAUGAGGAGGGGCCCGAGGGCCUGACCCAGUUCCUGAUGACUGAGGUUCGGAGACUUCGGGAAGCCCGGAAGAGCCAGCUACAGCGAGAGCAGCAGCUCCAGGCCCGGGGCCGGGCACUGGAAGAAGAGCGGGCAGGGCUGGAGCAGCGGCUGCGGGAGCAGCAACAGGCUCAGGAACGCUGCCAGCGGCUGCGUGAGGACUGGGAGGCCGGCAGCCUGGAGCUGCUGCGGCUCAAGGACGAGAAUUACAUGAUUGCCAUGCGCCUGGCUCAACUCAGCGAGGAGAAGAACUCAGCUGUGCUGCGCAGCCGAGACCUGCAGCUUGCGGUGGAUCAACUCAAGCUCAAAGUCAGCCGGCUGGAGGAAGAGUGUGCGCUGCUGCGGAGGGCCCGGGGGCCGCUGCCUGGGGCUGAAGACAAGGAGAGGGAGCCAGAUGGUGCUGAGCUGCUCUCCGAGCUCCGUGCAGAGAACCAGCGGCUGACGGCGUCACUACAGGAGCUCCAGGAAGGCCUUCAGCAGGAGGUGUGCCGGCAAGGGCCUGCAGGCUCUGAGCGCAUCCUGCUGGACAUCCUGGAGCAUGACUGGAGGGAGGCACAGGACAGCAGGCAGGAGCUGUGUCAGAAGCUGCAUGCCGUGCAAGGCGAGCUACAGUGGGCCGAGGAACUGCGGGACAAGUACCUGCAAGAGAUGGAGGACCUACGGCUCAAACACCGAACGCUGUUGAAGGACUGUGACCUCUAUAAGCACCGCAUGGCCACUGUGCUGGCCCAGCUGGAGGAGAUUGAGAAAGAGCGGGACCAGGAGGUGCCCACAGGCGACAGCACCAUUCUCCUUCCAUCCAGCCCACUGAGCCAGCGUGCCUCCCUCAGAGGCUGGCUGUCCUGCUCUCUCCAGGCAAUCCAGAGCCGAGACCGGAUCCAGCUGCAGUACUCCCAGAGCCUCAUUGAGAAGGAUCAGUACCGCAAACAGGUGCGGGGGCUUGAGGCGGAGCGGGAUGAGCUGCUCACCACAGUCACCAGCCUGGAGGGGGCCAAGGCAAUGCUGGAGGCGCAGCUGCAGCGGACGCAGGGGGGCUCCUCUCUUAAGGCCUGCGCCUCUUCCCAUUCCCUGUGCUCCAACCUCAGCAGUACCUGGAGCCUUAGUGAGUUCCCAUCCCCGCCGGGAGGCCCUGAAGCUGCAGGAGAAGCCGGGGGAUCUGAGGCCCAUACCUCGUUGCAGGAGGAAGCCACAGACAGCGAGAAGGAGAUCAACCGGCUCUCCAUCCUACCCUUUCCACCCAGUGCCGGCUCCAUUCUCCGCAGGCAACGCGAAGAGGACCCAGAGCCCCCUAAGAGGUCUUUUAGCAGCAUGUCGGAUAUCACAGGGAGUGUGACCCUUAAGCCCUGGUCCCCCGGCCUCUCUUCAUCCUCCUCCUCUGACAGUGUGUGGCCUUUGGGAAAGCCGGAAGGCCUCCUGGCUCGGGGCUGUGGCCUGGACCUCCUCAAUAGGUCUCUGGCCAUCCGAGUCUCAGGUUGGAGUCCUUCUGGGGGCCUGGAGCCCCAGGAUAAGAGUCCAGAUAGCCUGCCAGUCCUUGGGGACAGAUGGUCUGGGGCCGUGGUGCGAAGGGUGCUGUCGGGACCUGGUUCGGCCAGGACAGAACAGAAAGAGCCACGGGCAGAAGGCACUGGCCUGGAGGGGGCAAGCCUAGAAGCUGAGACCCAGCAGAGGACCUUGCCCUGGAACCAGGGCUCUACACUCCCCUUCCUGCUGGACUCAAAGGCCUGUCAGUCCUUCCAUGAGGCCCUGGAUGCCUGGGCAAAGGGACCGGGUGCAGAGCCCUUCUACAUUCGAGCCAACCUCUCCCUGCCCGAGCGGCCAGACCCCCAUGCCCUUUGCGUGAAAGCCCAAGAGAUCCUGCGGCUGGUGGACCCCGCAUACAAGCGGAGUCAGGAAUGGUUCUGCACUCGGGUUGACCCCCUCACCUUACGGGACCUGGACCGGGGCACUGUGCCCAAUUAUCAGAGGGCGCAGCAGCUUCUAGAAGGCCAGGAAAAAUGCCUGCUCUCCAACAGGCACCGAAGUCCUCGAAGCAACCUGAAGAAACGAGCCCUGGGGCUGGUGAGGCCCAAGCCUGCAGGGGGCGCUGCAGGAGACUCGCCUGAACAGCUAUCGGCAGAGCCCUGCUCAGAGCUAGAGCGAAGCCUUAAGCCCUACAGUCUGGUGCGGCCACUAUUAGUGUCUGCCCUGCGGCCUGUGGUGCUCCUGCCUGAGUGCCUGGCACCCCGGCUCAUCCGCAACCUGCUGGAUCUGCCCAGCUCCAGGCUAGAUUUCCAAGUGUGCCCUGCAGCAGAAAGUUUCUCUGGAGAGGAACAGUGCGCAUCCUCAGCUCCCGGAGCCCCCAAGGCCUGGCCUGCCACCCCCGGGCUGGGCAGCAGGAUCCGUGCCAUCCAGGAGUCUGUUGGGAAGAAGCACUGUCUGUUGGAGCUGGGUGCACGGGGCGUGCGGGAGUUGGUGCAGAGCGAGGUCUACCCCAUCGUCAUUCAUGUGGAGGUGACUGAAAAGAAUGUCCGUGAGAUCAGGGGCCUGCUGGGCCGUCCAGGCUGGCGGGAUUCAGAGCUGCUUCGUCAGUGCCGGGGCUCAGAACAAUGGCUCUGGGGACUACCAUGUUCCUGGGUGCAGGUGCCUGCUCAUGCAUGGGGCCACGCAGAAGAGCUGGCUAAGGUGGUGCGUGGCCGCAUCUUGCAAGAACAGGCUCGCCUUGUGUGGGUAGAGCGAGGCAGCAGCCGAGGGGGCAGCGGCAGCAGCAGUGAGGCCUGAGGACCAUCCUGUGGCCAGGACUCUUACAGACCUCUUCCAUCCGAUGCCUGGGCCUCCUCCACCCAGUGCCUGAACACUCCCCAUUUAUGCCUGGUUUCACCUGUGCUAGAGAGGCUGCCGGUGGAUGCGAUCCUGUGUCUGCAGUGGCGUCAGAUUUCCCGGCUGGGGCCUUCCUUGUCCCAUGGACGCUCCAGCAUGGGACAUCGGCCCUGGACUCUGACCAGAGUCAGCCACUGGUUUUGCACAGGCUGUGGGGGCCCACAGGGCUGACCUUGCACCUGCCCCUGACUUGCUGCUCUGUCUCCUCACUGGCUCCCGUAUCCCUAGGUUUACCCCAAGGUUUCCGUUUGUGGGACUUACGUGUGUGCCUGGGCCCUCUCCUUACACAUGCACCCUGGAAUAGAGUUCUCACACCGUGGUCCAACUUUGCACACUAAUGGCCUCAUGGAUCUCUGAUUCUGUCCCUCCACCUGGGUGCCCAAGGCCCCUGGGGUCCUCAGCCUGCUCUGCCACCAUCGUGUGGCCGCCACAGUCCACAUCUGUUUUCGUGUGUAGUGUCGUGAGAUACUAUGGCUGCCCCAGUCUGCUCGAACCCUUAUGUCUCUUUGUGUCAUCUCUCCUUGUGUGUAAACGUCACACCAUCCCUGUGACACAGGGCACUAACAAAUGUGUGUUCUGCACAGCACACCAGAAUAUGUUCUCUUGGCUGGCUUCCUGUUCCCCACCUGCCUCUAGGAGGCCAGGGUGGCGGUGCUGCUAGGCCGCCCGAAUGUCCGGCUUGUGGGUGACUCCCAGGCCUGUUCACUCAAGCUGCAUAUAAUGAGUCAUUAAAGUUUGUCAUAGAA